AUGUCCCAGAAAGGAGCUCAGCUGGACCUGGACUCCAUUUCCUGUUCGAUAUGUCUGGAUGUGAUGAAGGAUCCGGUCACUAUUCCCUGUGGACACAGCUACUGCAUGGACUGUAUUACAAACUACUGGGAUGGAGAGAAACAGAAGGAGAGCUGUCCUCAGUGUAGGAAGGCCUUCGCACCCAGACCUGACCUGGUUAAAGACACCAUGUUAGCAUUCCUGGUGGAGCAGCUGAAGAAGACUGGACUCCUGGAUGUUGAGAGGACUGAAACACAGAAGGAGCUGGAGGUGAGUCGACAGAACAUUCAGAAGAGGAUCGAGGACAGAGAGAAAUAUGUGAAGCUGCUUGAAGAGGAAGAGAAGGCUAUCAACUGUUCUGCUAAUAAAGCAGUGGAGCACAGUGAGGAAAAAUAUAGAGAGUUGCUCACGGCCAUGGUGACCAUGAGAUCUAUUAUGAAGGAGCGGAUCAGAGACCAACAGGAAACUGAAGGAAAUCAGGUCAGAGCUUUUCAGAAGAAGCUGGAGAAGGAGAUCUCUGAGCUGAAGAGCAGAGAUGCUGAGCUGAAAAAACUCUCACAGGAAGAGGAUCUCAACCAGCUUAGACACAUCUACAACUCCCUGCCACCUCUCAGUGGAUCUACAGACACAUCGUGCAUCAAACCCCGUCCUCUGAGAUACUUUGACGUAGUGACAGCAUCCGUGACAAAAUACCUGAAUAAACUUCUGGACAUUGUGAAGGAGGGUGUGUAUGGAAUCGCUCUGGCUUUGAGUGAAGUGGACAUGUUACUGCCCAAACCAGAGCCCAGAUCCAGGGCUGAGUUCAUCCAAUUGUCCCGUGUUAUCACUCUGGAUCCAAACACAGCAAACAGACGGCUGUUGUUAUCUGAGGGGAACAGAAAGGCAACAGCCACGGAGCGACAGCAGAUGUACUUUUGUCACCCCGACAGAUUCGAUGUUCACACCCAGGCCCUGAGCGGAGAGGCUCUGACUGGACGCUGUUACCUGGAGAUGGAGUGGAAAGGCCUUCAGGUGUGCUUCAGCCUCGCUUACAAGAGCAACGAGAGGAAAGGGCACCAGGAUCCGGCUCUUUUCGGACACAGCGACAAGUCGUGGUCAUUGCAUUGUGGCACUAUUUAUUUCGCCUUAUGGCACAAAGGUGAAUCCACUGCCGUCUCAGGUCCGCUCUCCUCCAGGAUCGGAGUUUACCUGGAUCACAGUGCAGGUGUUCUGAUCUACUACAGCAUCAUCGAUGGAAAAAUGAUCCCGGUCCACAAAGUCCAGACCACCUUCACGGAGCCUCUGUACGCCGGAGUGGGGCUUCGUUACGCUUCAGCAGAAUAUAUAGAGUUCAUUAAGCUACAUGAAGGCCUUUGA